ACGAUCAGUUGCAUCUCAUUUCAAGCCAUCCACCAUAUCCUUGAGCAGGUUUGAUCUACGCCUAAUGUGGACGACUUGACAACAAGGUUAACUCUGACGGAAAUGCGGAGAGGUCGAAAGCGUGUUGGUUUAGAAAGGCAGAUAUCGGAAAGACGGUGGAAGCGCAAAUGUCACUUUACGAUAUGGCCGGCUGGAAAGAACACCGUCUAUUGACACAAGGGCAGAUCUAAGCGCGCGACGAGGUUUUCUGCGGGGAUUCUCAACCCGAUCACCACUUCCGUGGGGUGCCCGAAGUGUUGGAACUUUAGGCAAAAUAGAUGGCCCCACGGCUCUACCACUACCUCAUGCCACUGGGAGGGCUAAGGGGAAGUAGGUAUUCGACAGACGUCGAAGGUCGUGUCCCUAACUGCGCGUGUCGCUUACGCCUUCAUAGAAUCAUACGAUUUAGCAACGAGAAGCUCGUCGCAUCUCCACCGUUAUAAGAGCGACCCACGUCUUGGAUAUAUUUACGAUGUCUUCCCCAACCUAUCGUCUCUCUCGUGCAUCAUGCCCUGGACACGGCCAGUGAAGACCUGGCAAAGCCCUUACACAACUCCUUACAAUCUUAUGAAAGACAGUACGGAUCAGCCAUCCGCCGUUAGGGAGAAGGCGCACCUGGAGUCGCUCUCCCAGCCCCAUCCACCCUUCUCAAACAACUGGACCAAGAGGAUUCUGACAAUCUAUGCACUGGUCAUCAUGACAACCCUCGUUUAUUUCAACCUUUUCCCACCCCCCGAACCCUCUGGGCACUAUGUCACUUCGAACGACACUUCCGAUCCACAUUUCGGUGACAUCCUUGAGCACCCACCUGGCGAGGUUUACGCCCACCAUCUCGACAAGCAACCCCGGCCAUGGCCUGUGUCUGAUGCCGCCGCUGGCAACGUGGCGCAAGAUUCCUCACUUGAAGCUACGGCUUCAGUUGCGCUGUCGGAUGGAAGUGAGGGGGUUUCUAGUGAAUCGGUUUUCGGAAGCCCUCGUGGCGGCUCCCGAGAUCCCGGAGUAGAUGAAACAUCCGAUCGGUUUUCUCCACUUUCGAGUCUUGGCUCGGACGACGACAACGCUAAGCGCGCUUCGGAAUCAACAUUUGCCGAUGACUCCGCACCUGGAGGCGUCCCUAACUCCAACCAGAACACGCGUCAAGCAGUCCUUGAGCGCGACUUCGAGAAGACGUUCGCACAAAUCUUCGCUGAGUCCCACGAGAAAGACGCAUUGGAGGAGUCGGAGGAGUCGACGCUCGUUUUCAAUAGAUGGGAGCUUCAGAGGAUAUGGCUAUGGGAAAUUCUGAGCGGGCACCAUCCGAGUAGCGUCAAAGUCCCCCGGCAAAUUGGGCUUCGAUCACAUCCCGCGAAUCCGGCUCUGCCACGCCCGAAGAAGGAUGCGAGUUCGCGUUAUCGCGCGUACGAAUCGAUCGUCAUGAACACUCGCGGAACUGGACCUCAGAGGAUAUACGAGCAACUUCACAGCGCGUUGGGCGUCACUUAUCCGCCACGUCCGGUGUCAGGAGGGGUUAUUGACAUGGACGUCGUUAUGGAGCACUGCGCGUAUUCGCAGGGCAAGUACGUCCGCGAUUGUCUUGAGAUGCUUCGCUCUGGCGCUGGGCUGGACGAUGGCCGGCAGCUUCGCCGUGGCAAGACCGGAGACUGGCAGUACAUCUACAGGGAGCAGGAGCAGGAGACCCCUUCGAAGCGAGUAGAUAUGCCUGCCUUGAAGUCACGAGUCGUGAAUACUGGCCUCAUUCGAAAGAAGGAUGCCGAGUGGGAAUCGCCCCUGGUACUUCCCGAACCUCUAGUAUACACACCGCACACCAACAACCAGUCUCCUUGUAACCCCGAAAAUCCUCGCAUUCUUCAUAUGUUCUGGACCGGCUCGUUCACCGACUCGCCAUACUCCUCUUUGCUAUCUUGGUUAUACACGCAGAACCUGGGUCUACACCAGCCAAGCGAUGCGUCUGCCUCUGAGAACAUCUGUCGCCCGCAGUUUUGGAUGUGGAUUAACCCAGGCCCAGCGGGAGCGCUGCCGAAUCCGUCGGCGAUGGAUGACAUGCUCGAGAGUCUACGCUCGAACCCUUGGUCGGCGCCUUUCCUACACCCCCGCUUCAACGAUAUCAUCCAGUUCAAGCUAUGGAACACGACCGAGCAGCUCGACUCUAUCCCAGAACUCCGGGACGAGUGGCGACGACACAGAGACGCUUUGCUGAACUCGAAUGGGCGCGUCAUCGACAUCAAAGCCGGUGACCAGAAGGUCGGCUCGGACUCGGCGGACUCGUACGAUCGGGGAUCUGUCGUGCUUUCGGAUAUGGUGCGCUUCAUUCUGCUACACCGGUUCGGUGGGAUAUAUGUCGACGCGGACACGAUAUUCCUCCGUGACUGGGAGGAGUUGUGGGGCUGGACGGGUGCGUUCGCGUACCGGUGGUCGCAUCUGGAGGCGUACAACACCGCCGUCCUCAGGAUGAACAAAGAGUCUGCCAUCGGAUCGUUUGUUCUUCGUACUGCGCUACGCAAUGACAUGGACUUCCACCCGAAGAAGAUUUGGCGCUAUCUCAAGGACGCGCAUCUUGAUGGCCUGCUACUCCGCGCGCCGGACGCGCUCUUUGACUCUGCCUGGCUGAACACGGAUAGGUUGCAGCUAGAUCGCCCUCCUCAGCCUUUAUUCAGGAGUUUUGCUCAGUUCUUCGAUACCCCCACCAACGCGAGCGGUGCCCCACUGACGCUUGGAUUUGAGGGUUUCUUCAGGGGCGCAUACUCGUAUCACUUCCACAACUUCUGGUGGAAACCAUUCGAUCCCGCACGGAACUGGCCUGACCUGGGCUCUCGCUUCAUGGCCGGAGAGAUCGUGGCUCGUGGUGCCGCGAACCCAGACCUCGACCCGGAUGAAUGGGACGACCUGUUGUCAGACGACAAGACGGACCUGGACUGGGCUACUGUACUCAAGCGUACUUUCGAGUCAUUCGUUCGAGGCGAGCGCCCAAAUAUGUACGGCGAGUGGAUCAGGUGGUAACCCGCGAGAUUGAGGCAAAAUACGUACGGAUUUUAGCAAUCAUACCCUACUACCAUAGUAACAACAGUAUAUAAUAUCUUACUACUUAGUACAUAGAAGCUUG